AUGAUGAUGAAAAAUCGUGAACAUAUUGAAAUAAUGCGUGCAAUGGAAGCAAAUUUUGGCUUGCUCGAAUUAAGAUCAACCCAUGAAUUCGUUUCGGAUCUUCAAUCAGCUGGUUUUACUGUUGAAGAAAAUCGAAUAAUAUCCAAAGGUGAUAUUCCUUGUUAUCAACAACUAGAAGGCAGUGAUAGUACAGCAAUAAGUGAUAUGUUUCAACGAUCAGCUAAAAUUGGAUUAUGUGCCGCAAAACUUGAUAUAGUUACAUCUAUGUUCUUUUUUCUUGCUCGAAAACCUUAA